AAGCUCGCCUUUCUGCCCGCCUCCGCCAAAGCAUCACCACGUGGUCCUCCCCUAGCAACCGGAGGGGAUGUCUUGGUACAGGGGGCAGCGACCAAGCUCGGCAGGCUGAGGCCAGAGGGGCAUAGCCGGGGCUGGGCGGUCUGUAAGGCAGGUGUAAGGCUCAGUAGUCUGAACGCUGUGUCCAGCGUGAGCUGCGACAGCUGCCUCCUCCUAAGCACCCAGUCAUUAGCACAACAAUCCGCAGCUCACUUUGCAUUUCCUGCACGAUCCAAAAGGCAGCCUGCAAAAAUGAGUCACCCUCACUCUGGGUCACUCGUAACCUACAACAGUCUUACAGACAAACACUUGGCUGGAUACUUCAGCAAUACAAGGAUAAGACGGCAUCUUCAGCGAUCGGGGCUGAUCUCAAGAAGUGGAAGAAUAAUAUCUGAGAAGGAGUAUCGGCUAAAUGCUGUGAGGAAGGAUCACCAAAGAUAUGUACGGGAAUGCCUAGCUCAGGCUAUAUUUCACAAGGUCCUUGACAUGGAGCGUCAUCAUCAGCUGGAAAUAAAAAGACAACUGGAAAAUGUUGUGAGGAGGGAGCGCGUUCAGAGACUCAAGGUGGAACGAUCAAGAAGAUCAGUGGAGGAUAUUAAUCCUCUGCUCUCUCCACGUCCACCAGCUGGUCCAAGAAGUCGCUAUGGACACCAUGUUUUAGCGGAUGGAGAGCAAUCUGGUCCUUCACAAGCAUCUUCCUCUCCUCGGCCAAACACUGCACCAGGAAAUAUGCAACGCCCAGUCCGACUACAGCCACUUCCUGGAUAUCCCACAGCAGGAUCCACACCAAAGACUCCUUCAAGAUCCAAACAAAAGUUCUUGGAACUUGAACAUGAUCAUCAGUUUUCCAGUGAGGGAGAUAAAAGCAUGCUGAGGCUUAUGAACUCAGUGGAUUAUUUGGCUGGACUAUCCCCAUACCAACUACCCAUCAUUAACAAUUAUGUGAUACCAGUGCCGCCUCCACCCCAAAAAGGAGAUAAGAACCUAAAGGGAGUUAGACACGGGACAUCCAGAGGGAGACGCUUUCGCCCAACCACUGCUCCAGAUGGCUUAGAGCAGCUGCUAACAAAGGAUUCAGGAAAAUUCCAUAAACCCUCAUUACACAGCAAUGCAUCUGUUACAAUGAUCUACCUAGGAAAAAGUGUGCACUUGUCUCAUGAUGACACCGAUUACAGAGAUGAAAUCAAAGUCUAUCAGCAGCAUUGUGGGGGAGAAAACCUUUGUGUCUACAAAGGCAAGCUACUGGAAGGAGAGACCUUUCACUUUACCUCAAAGCGGCACCAUGGUUUCCCCUUCAGUCUCACCUUUUUCCUCAAUGGACUACAGGUGGACAGGCUGAGCUCCUGCUGCGAGUACAAGCAUCGGAAAGGCAUGCGAUUGGGAGGCAAACAUGGAUACUUUGGCUUCGCAAAUGUAGACAAAGCCUCUCCUUGCUAUAGGUGUAUUAUUGCAAUGGGCCUAGACAAAAAGCCCUCUCCUCCAAAGAAAAAGAUGAAAGCAGACUAUGGAGAAAAGCAGGAGGAUUCUGUGAAGGAUGAAGAGCACAGUGAGCCAAGUGAGGGCAGUGUCGAGCAGGAAGCGACCAAACAUUCAACAGCAGACAUUUCAUCUCCUGGAAAGGAUCAGGAGCCUGCAGAGGACAAUGUGGAAAUUGGAGAAGAGGAAAGAAAAGAAGAAACACAAGAAGGGCCAGAGUCUGAAGAUGACCAGGAAAAUGCUAGUAAAGAUGAGUAUGAUGAAGAUUUUGAAGCAGAUGAAGAGAAAUCAGAUGAGAAAGUUAAUGAAGAAAGACAGGCUGAUGAUCAAAUGAAUGGAAUGUCAAAGUCACCCUCAGAUGAUGAAAAAGAUAAUUUAGACCAUGAAAAGGAGAGUAAAAGCUCAUCACAGAAGACACCUCAGGCCUCUGACAGCGAGAAAGAUGAAAGUGAUGGAUACUCAAACAGUGACUCGGAAGAAGAUAAACAAGAUAGGAAGUCUGCAUCCUCUCUCUCAUCCAGCCGUACAGUGUAUAGCGGUGAAGACGACUCUGAAACUGAAAAGAUGAAAGACCAUGUUAAGGGCAAUGAAAAGGAAGUCACUGAAAGGUCAAUGACACAUGAGAAGCAUGGAAAUGAGACUUGGGAAAGCAAACCGCUCAAAUCUGUGGAAAAUCAGGAAACUGAUGCAGUGGAGGAAGAAGUAAUAGAUGAAGCAGAAGAAACAAAAGCAGAGAUGGUGAUGCGGAAAGACAUUGAGUUUCUUCCUGGAAGUAUGAUAGAAAUACAUUGUCCAGGCAAUGAUGAACUCAAUGAGGAACCCAACCAUGUAGGGUCAAUAGCAAAUAAUAUAAGGGAAGGAGGGGAGGAGGAUGGAAGCAAUGCUAGGGAAGAUGGGGAGGAGGUUGUUCUAGAGCAUUUGGAAGGCAGCACUGUAGAAGCACAGGCUACAAACAAGGAUUCUCCUGAGGUUGAUGAAGAAGGUGAUUGUAAAUCAGUUCAAGAGAAAAUAGCAGAAGCAAUUGAAAAUGAUCAUUUGAGUUCUGAACCUGAGCCCAGUGAUUCUAGUACAGAUGAAGAAGAGGAGAACUUAACAAGUACAGCUCAUGAUAUAAAAGAAGAUGGCGCUUUCUUGGCAGAAGCAGGUGAAAAUGAGAAAUUAGCAGAGCAAGUGCUCCAAGGGGUAGAUGAGCAAAAAGCACUUGAGAAGGAGGAAGAGUCUGUAGCUCAGGAAGGAGCCACUGACACUGAAGAAGGAGGCAAUGAAACAGGUCUGGAGACAGAUUUACUGGCUAAGGAAGAAGCAGGAGCUGUGAUGGGACAGACAGUGGGUAAUGUACUCACAGUACAAGAAGAAGCAUCGGAGGAGCAGCAAAUAAUGGAAGAAGAUCUGGAGAGAAGUAGGGUAGGAAAGGAAAUGACAUUUGAGGGAGAGGGGAUGAUGCAGGAAGAAGUAAAUGAAGAUGAGGGGGCAGUGGGAAAGGCAACAUAUGAGGAGAAGGUGGUAGAGAAAGUAUUAUUUGAAGGCGAGGAAGUGCCUGAAGGAGAGGAGAUCAUGAAGGAAGCCACAUCUGAUGCAGAGGUGGCUAUGGGGAUGGCAGAAGAUGUAGGAAAGGCAGCAUCUGAGGCAGAGGAGGCUUUGGAAGCAGCAGGAUCUGAGGGAAAGGAGUCUGUGGAGGAUUCAGUUGCAGAAGGGAUAGAAUUGGAAAGAGAGGAGGUUGUGGAGGAGGCAGCUUCCGAGGGAGGGGUGGCUAUAGGAGAGGCAGAAUUUGCACUAGAGGAAUCAGUGAAGGUUCCCAUACUGGGAGCAGCAACUGAAAUAGAGGAAUCUGUGGAAUCAAGAGAAGUUCUGAUAGGUAAAGCAGUGACUGAUGUGGAAGAGGCAGCAACAGAAGAACAAUCCGAGGAGGAGGAUGUAAUGGAAGCAACCCGAGAGGAGAAAGAGACAAGAAAUGAAACCACGGAAGAAGAGUCAGAAGUAGAGGAAUCAGCACCUCCCAGGGAAGAAACCUCAUUGGAUAGAAAAAUAAAAAUGGAGAUUGCAAUAGAGGAAGGAGCACACAAAGAUGGGGAGAGCCUGGCGGAAGCACCUGAAGAGGAAGUAGCAGCCAUUGAUCCAGAAACUGAGGAAGAGGUAGCAGAUGAAGGAAUUCACAGAGAGGAAUUGGUAUCUGAGGAAAUAGCAUAUAUGGCAGAAGAACUGAUGAAGACGGGUGAGGAGAAAGUGACAGAGGAAGCAAAAGAGAAUAAAUUGUGGAUAGGAAAAAAGGUACCUAUUGAUGAAGCAUCAAUAGAUGAAUCCACAAUAAAUGAAGAGGCGGUAGCUGAGAGAGCAGAAAUGGAGGAGUUGGAAGUGACUGAUGGCAUGGCAAUGGAGGAAGUGAAGAUGGCUGAGGGAGCCACAAUGGAGAAAGUUGUGACUGAGGAGUCAGGAGAAAGAGAGGGGGAGGGAAUGUCAGAAUUACCAGCAUCUGAGGAGGCAACAUCAGAGGAUAUAGGAGGUAAAGGGAAAGUAAUGGGCAUUAAAACACCAUCUCAAGAAGAGGAGUUAGUAGAGAAAUCAGAAUCUGGUGAGAAAGGAAGUGCAGAUGUAUUAUUGGAUUGGAAGGUGCAGACAGAGGAUGCAGGACGUGAAGAGGGCCAGGCAGAGGAGGAUUCAGGCUCAGAAAAGAAGAAGGUGAUGACCAAGGAGAUAAUACCCAAUGACAACAUGGGAUUAGAAAGAACAUUGCCUGAGGAGAAGAACUUGAUGAUACCAGCAUCUCUGUUGGAUGAAGUGGAAGCUGUGGAAGCAUCACCUGAGGUGGAAGGCAUGACACAGGAAAUGGCAUAUGGCAGGGGUGUAAUGGAGAAGGAUGCAGUCCUUGUGGAAGAGGUAAUGGCAAAAAUGAGACGCACUGAUGGGAAUGACAAAACAGAGGAGGGAGAGUCUGAGACAACAGAAGAGAAAACUACAUUGAAACAAGUAGACAAAAGUGAAAAAAUAAAAAUAGGAAAGACAGAAGCUUUGGCUGAAUAUCCACAAGGGAGUCAUGGGAGUACAGAUCUGCUGGAAAUGGAGCAAAGGGAAGAAAGCCUGACAGACACCACAGGGGCAUCCAUUACAGAAGAGAGAAACUAAGGGGCUCCAUGGCAGAUGACUGCUCUAAUGCUGGACAUAAUUAUCCUGCCUUUGAUACAGUCCCAGGAAGCGGGAGAAAGACACAUCGGAGUGUCCUCAGCAGAUCUUUUGGUGAUCUUAUUUUGGGAAUACUUUUUUACAAAUCACUGUAGAUUUUGUGCUGGCUGUGACGUUUCCUCUCAGGUUUCAUUUUACUUUAUGAGUAGCAUAACCAUCAGUUUAUUUACUGGACCAGCUCCAGAAUGUGCAACAGAUAACUGAAGUAAGCUUAUAUAGCCAGUGCAGGAAAUCAUAUUCCUUUAUCAUUCUGGCAAUAAUAAUAAGGCUCUUUCCACAGCUGUCAUGAAUUUCUUUUUGAAAUACAGAGAAUUCUUACAUUGGUUAAAUUUGUAUUCCUCCCCACCAAAAAAGAACUCUGUGGAUUUUGUGAUGACUCUCUUGAAGAGAGGAGGUAGCUUGCUGGCACUUGCUAUAUACAGUGUGAAUGUAUGUCUGUAUAUAAAAUUGUACCUAUGUGAUUGUAUUCUCCUCACAGCCUACAUGCAUUUGUUGACUGUAAAUUCUUCAAGGCAGUGACUAUGUCCCCCUGUAUGUAUAUUGGUUCCCCAGCACAGCGAGGCCUGGAUUCUGACUGGAACAUCAUGAUGGCAUUGUAAUAUGAAUAGCAAAUAAUCGUAAUAAAAAUAAGGAGCCCAAUUCUGAUCUCACACAGCAGCAGUGCCAGUGAGUAGGACAUGUUAGCACAGAGGGCAGGCUUGGGGACUGUAAGGACAAUUGCUUCCCUCUAUUACAUGAAUCAUUUAGUGGAGAAAAUAGGGCAUAGAGAGGAAAUGUUUUUCUCUUCAACAUCCAGAGCAACAGGUCAGGACUCGACUUCAGAGAGCAUUAGACAGGGGAAGGAUCCAACAUGUGCAUGCACCUUGGUGCCAAUGGAACUUAGGCCCUAGGUUCCUUACCUGAGCACCAACUGAGGUAUACAGCACAGGGUGGGUGGCCAGGCACACUACCUUACUGCUACUGCUUAAAGGCAUUGUAAAGAACAGUCCCCCAAGCAGUCUCCUACUGAUCCAUGCCCAUGCAGAGCCAGCUUCUGCAUCUGGGCCCCUCUGGGUUUGACUGCUGCUGAAGUGGGAAAAUAACCCUGGCCCUGCAAUGGCUGCAUUUCCAACCAAGUCCAAUUUGUGCCCAUUCAAACAAGCAGAUCUGGAUUUGGAAGCAAGUUCCUGGAAAGAGAGUUGUGAGUGCUUGAGCGAAUGUCCAAACACUUGAGCAGUCUCUCUGAGAGGUGCAGUUUGGCUGUCUUUAGGGCUCUCAGUGGGCUUGGAUGAGGUCAAGAAUCAUGACCUGCAUUACAUGACCGGUCACAUAGCACGAAAGGCAAAUAAACAUGAAGUGGUAGGUCUGGUAAGUAGCCUGCAUACAAAAGGGUCAUUGAAGAGAUGAAGGGCUGAAAAUACGUUGCUGAGCUGAAUUCAACACUCCUACCCACUCUCUGCUUAAUCCACCUCUCUGGCUCCAAAUAGUAAGGCUGCGGUUUAAUUCCCAGCAUGUGGCUUGCCUACUCUUGUGUGGCUGGGCAGUUCUAGGAGCGAGGUGGCUGUGAAGGUGGAACCAUGACCCUGCCUGCCAGUCCCCUGGAGAGUGUUUUACAAAUCCAUGGAUACAGGGACAGACCAAUCACUAUGCUCCUCAGAUGAAACAACUGGAAUGCUGCCUGGUUUUCACACAGGCUGUGAAAGUGUCAGCUCUCGGUGCCAUCCCUCAAUGUGCGCCAGGCAGAAUCUGAGGCUAAGGUCUAUGAUGCUUUGGGCAGUGGCCUGGCAUAUCCAGAAGAAGUUUAAGAAAUUUAAGUCAGAGGCCAGAACAAAAUAACCAAUAUGAAAUAUCCCUGCUAGAUUAAGGCAGAAAAAAAUGUCAGUGCAGUCCUUCAGAGUGAAAAUUGGAUAAAAAGCGCCAUAAUUAGAUAAGGAACCUGUUAUAUAAGGAUGCAAAUGGAAGCUUUGGAUUCAGAACUGCACAAUUAUAAGUAUAAACAGCAGGCCUGAGCCUCUUCUCUUACUUUGCUGUCAAUCGGUAAAAAUUGCAAUGAGUGUGACUGGUGCCAUACUAAUAUAAAACUUAUGGAAAUGAGAAAACAGCUGGUUCUCACAGUAUUAAUCAGGCCACGCCCUUAUCAAAGCAAAAGCUUCCCAGCUUUGGUGGCAUCUGCACUGGUGAGCCAGGUUACACUCAUCCUCUUCAAGAGCCCUUGUGUGGCAGGGAUUCGCAAUUAGGCAUUGCUAGUGAGUGCUGAGCAAUACUCUCCCCUCUCUAAGCACUGAGUUUUAGUUUUCCAUCUUAGGAAAUGGAAUAAAAUCAAGUGGAUUUGCACUGACUUAUUCUUUGUUUUCACAUGGGAUAAUAAAUUUAAACAUGGUCAAGUACCUUGUGUUUGUUUUAAUAGAGUGUUGGAUUUGAGUUCCUGGGUCAGAGUCCCUAAUAUGCACUUUGAGAGAAAAAAGUAGCCAAGAUAAAUCAUAUAAAUGCAAACAAGGAAUUUCACGUGAUUAAACAAGAUUAGUUGCAGAUUAUUUUUGUAUUUAUUGGUAAUUUAAAUUGAGGCACUGUGUCAAGUGAGCCUGAGCUGCACAAUUUCAAUCCUUAGCCUUGUGUAAUUUGUGCAAUACUUUUCCUUGAAUGCAUGUACUUGAGUUGCAACUUUCUUGGUCUGUUUUUAUCCAUGGAAUGUCCUUAAAGUAUGAACCAGUAUAUUCCGCUGACCAAUACAGUUUCAAUUUUGUUCAAUAUUAACUGUGCAGUAAAUGGAUACAAUGUGUUUACACUAGUUACAGAUGAAUAAAUCUAGUAUGUUAAUUGUACUGAAUUAAA